UCUCUAUCUCUUCCAAUUCAACUAUCUACGUACAUUGUGAUACAUACUGCAUAGAAGCUUAAUCAAGUGAAUUUUAUCUUUUUCUUAGCACAAAGAUGAAUAGAAGUGAUUCAGCCCCAAUGAUGAGCACUCAUGCAGAGUCAUCAUCAUCAAGAAGGAAGGCUGCUGCCAGGAAAGAUGAGGCACAUCAUGUGAUGAGGGUACUCGCUGCUGAUCCCAAGCACGAUCAUAAUAAAGGAGCUGGAUGGAAGAAGGGUGUCGCCGUGCUCGACUUCAUUCUAAGGCUAGGCGCCACUGCAGCUGCUUUUGGCGCCGCAGUGACCAUGACGUCCAGUGAGCAGACUCUUCCGUUCUUCACCCAGUUCUUCCAGUUUCAAGCUGGUUAUGAUGACAUGCCCACUUUCACGUUUUUUGUCAUAGCAAUGGCCAUAGUGAGUGGCUACCUUGUCCUCUCUCUCCCCUUCUCCAUAGUCACCAUUGUCCGUCCCCAGUUAGUUGCUCCGAGGCUUCUCUUGCUUAUCGUGGACACUGUGGCGCUUACUCUGAACACUUCUGCUGCCUCGGCUGCCACCGCCAUAGUUUACUUGGCUCACAAUGGGAGCUCUGAUGCAAAUUGGCUUGCUAUCUGCCAACAAUUUACCGAUUUCUGUCAGCAAACCAGCGGCGCAGUGGUUUCUGCAUUCGUUGCAGUUGUUAUGUUUACAGCGUUGAUUCUGCUAUCUGCUGUUGCUCUCCGUAAAGCUUAAGAUCGAUCAUGGAGCAUUGGAACUGGUUAAAUGCUCAAGAUUGAUGUUGCUUUUGAUGUUUCUUUCAAUUGUUGUGUCAGUUUUUGGGAGAUAAUAGCUAAUUGAUUUUAUGGUUGCCCGUCAAAUGGGAAUUAUUAUAACAAUCUGUACUUACCUACUUUCGGUUGUAGGGUGUUUAAAAUUAUAUUGGUAUCCACAUUUGUAAACUGCUGAAGAAUUGCAAUAU